AUCAGACUUUCAAAGACUCUUUAAACUUAAUUUUUUAACAACUUUUAUAAAAUAUAUAUGUUUAUACAUAUAUAAAUAUUUUUAUUUUAAUAUAUAUAGUUCAAAUUUCUCACAAAAAAAUCAUGAAGAGUUUAAUAAUAUUUUCAAUCUUAUUUGUUCUUACUGCUGCUCAUCCUUUAUUAGAUGAAAGAAAGCUUACCGAUUUGGAACCAAUUAUUGCCGAUUCUGUGGAUAAUAGAGCGUCUUUCAUUACCUGCGAACUAUGCAUAAGCGUAAUCAAUACGAUUCGCUAUGUUCAAGGUCUUGGACUUGGUUAUGAGGAUGUUAGUGAGCUUAUUAUUGAAGUUUGCGAAAACGGCUUAAAUGUAACUGGUUUCAGAGGAGACAUUAUGUGUCCAGGCAUCGCUAAUAGUUACAUUAAAGGGCUCUUUGACGUUGUUCAAAAAUCCAAUAUGGAAGCCGAUGAGGGAUGCGCUCUCUUUAACUUUUGCACUCCAGAAGACGUUGAUCCUGGAAAUAGAACUAGAAGCGCCACUCCAUCUAAACCUAAUCCAAAAGUAGAAAAGAAGUCUGCUUCAAAGAAUACCAUCAAACUCGUUCAUCUUACAGAUGUUCAUAUGGAUCAUAAAUACACUGUUGGAACAAACAGUCAGGAUUGUGGUCUCUUCGUAUGUUGCAGACCUAAUUACGACGGAACCACCCCUGCUAGAAGAUUUGGAGAGUAUUUCUGCAAUACUCCCCAAAGAACUGUUGAUUUCCUCCUAGAAGAAGUAAAAAAUUUGAAUCCUGAUAUGGUUAUUUACACUGGUGACAAUGCCCCACAUUCCCUUUGGGAAGAGACUCAAGAAAUUCAAUUGAAUUAUACAUUUUUCCUCGGAAAAAUGAUGACCGAGAGACUUAGAGGAUUGGCCUUCUAUCCUACAAUUGGAAAUCACGAAACCUACCCUGCUAACUUUUACGAUCCAACAAACGAAAAAGUUCAAGAAGUUAAUAGAGCUUUUGCCAGCUCUUUCAGAGAAUUGGCUGGAUGGAAUGACGAAGAUAUAACAAAUAUCGAAAAAGCCGGCUAUUAUUCAACAAUGAGAAGACCAGGAUUGAGAAUUAUUGGUUACAAUUCAAAUUUUGGAUACAACAUGAACUGGUACAAUGCUUUAAACAAGGACCAAGAUUUCUGGAAAGAUAUGCAAAAAUUUGUAAGAGAUAAUCUACAAGCGGCUAAAGAUGGUAAUGAAAAGGUUAUUAUGGUUGGACAUCAUCCCACUGGAUUCGAUACUUGUAAAUUUUACAGUGAUUGGUACACAAAUAUUGUUGUUGAAUUUGCCGAUGUUAUCGUUCUUCAAGUAUUUGGUCAUACCCAUAAAGAUCAUUUCCGUCUUGUUAACAACGCUAAUAACCAAUCUGUCGCUAUUCAAUAUAUAUCUAGCUCAGUUACACCAAGAUCUAAUAGAAAUCCAGCUGUCAGAGUUUACGAGCUUGAUGCUAGCACCUACGAAGUACAGAAUUAUGAAAACUAUAUCCUUGACUUGAAAACACAGCCAGCCGAUGGUACACCAGCUCUAAGAAUGAACUAUAAUGCUAAAGACGAAUAUAAUCUUCCCGAUCUUUCUGCUGCCUCUUGGCAACAGUUGACAGAGAAAUUUAAAACAGAUGAUAAUCUCUUCAAAAAAUGGUAUAGACAUCAAUUUUCUGACAGUGAUCUAGAGGGUGAAUGCGAUGAAGAGUGUAAACACGACCAAAUAUGUGAAAUGUCUAAUGCCGAAUAUUUCGCUAACGUCAAAUGUAGCGAUAACUUUUAAGCUAUAUAUAGAUAUUGAAUUCAAUUUAAUACAUAUGCAUAAAUUAUAUCCCAAUGACAAUUAAAUUACGUUUUAAACCAUGGGAAAAGAAUCGUUAAACAUCUUGUUCUAUAUUAAUUAUAGGCCGUUUAAGAAUAUAUUUAGCCUUGAAUCAAUCUCAAUUAUUCUUGUUGUUUUUCGUUACGAGAUAGCGGUAAUGGAAUGAAAGUUACCAAAAAAGAUAUGCUACAAGACAAAAAGGCUAUUAUUUAGGUCAAAAAAUUAUUGUUUAAAAUAGUUUACACUUAUAUCGACUAUUAAGCACACAAUGUAGUAUAUAAAUAGCAUAGACUGUUAUUUUUCAAUAGAUUAUUCAAUUUACUUAAUCAAAACAGAAAAAAAU